UGCCUGAGCGAGGAGCUGCCCCCCCCCACGGAGCUGGAAGAAAGCCUGCGCAACGGGGUCGUCCUGGCCAAGCUGGGCCACUGCUUUGCCCCCGCCGUGGUCCCUCUGAAGAAGAUCUACGACCGCGAGCAGACGCGGUACAAGGCAGCUGGGCUUCACUUUCGACACACGGAUAACAUCAACUACUGGCGCGAUGCCAUGAAUCACGUGGGGCUUCCCUCGAUCUUCCACCCAGAGACCACCGACAUCUAUGACAAGAAGAACAUGCCCCGGGUGGUCUACUGCAUCCACGCGCUCAGCUUGUACCUCUUCAAGCUGGGGCUGGCUCCUCAGAUCCAGGACUUGUACGGGAAAGUGGACUUCACGGAGGAGGAGAUCAACAACAUGAAGCGGGAGCUGGAGAAGUACGGCCUGCAGCUGCCUGCCUUCAGCAAAAUCGGAGGCAUUUUGGCCAACGAGCUCUCGGUGGACGAAGCAGCAGUCCAUGCCGCGGUGCUGGCCAUCAACGAAGCGGUGGAUCGGGGGGUGGCAGCGCAGACGAUGGUGGCCCUCCGCAACCCCAGCACCAUGCUUCUCGACCUGCGUGAGGAGCUGGCGGAUGCCUACCAGGAGGUGCUCCACCGGGCGAAGCUGGAGAAGGGCGGCAACGCCAGGAACAGGGUGAUCCCCGAGGGAGAGGACAUCUAUGACCGGUGUCUGACCCAGGCGGAAAUCCAAGGGAACAUCAACAAAGUGAACG